GACCGGCACCCCAAAAGACCAUCCCAUGCGGUUAACUUACGUUCGUCAAUCCACCCCUUUUCUGACUGGCCCCCCUCAAGAGAUGUCGCAUCCUCGGCGUAAAUAGUGCCGAUCGACCGCACGAGCGUCUCCGCGAGGCGUUUUAAACUCGCGUGUACGGAUGACGGAAGGUGGAUUUCCGAGAAAAAUUUACAGAGAAAGUGCGUACAGUGCGAGUGUGCAUCUGUGCAUGCGUGCGUACGUGCUUCGCCGGCACGUUGACACUUCCUUUGUCCCGCUGCAAUCCUGGCGCGACAAAACCCGCGAGGAAAGGUGACGAGCCGCUCCAUGAUUGUUAGCCGGGUCGACAACCUCCCGAAGACGCUUCUUCAGCGAUGCCGCAGCGUGCAUCGCAAUUAUUGACUCCGGGACGACGCCGAUCAGCUUCCCCGGUGGACCCAAAGCGGUUCCGUUGCGAGUAACGUACACCGUAAGGUGAAGAGAUACGAGUUGCUUACUGAGGGUCAAAGCGAGUGCGAAUUCUAGUCUAUCAAGUACUUAAAGCACUUCAAAUGGACAAGCGUGCAUUUGAUGAAAAAGGAAAUUAUGAACAAAUGUUAUUUAAAAAUGUUUCAAUAAAAUAACGGACAGGAUUGUUGUCAAAUAAACAUUCUAUUCGUGCUGUUUCUGCAGUGGGAAGUAACGCUUUAUAUUUUCCUCGUAAAGCGGCGAUUAGUUAGUGAAGAAAAAGAAAAAUAUAUAGAAGAGUAAGUGGUGUCACGUUAAAAAUGCCCUCGAACGGCGAAUUCGCAAAAUGAAGUGUCCUGCAAACUGCACUGAGAAGAUACGCGAAUUAUUAUUUCGAGAGUGAUCGCACGGAGAAUCACGCCUGAUGGAAGCUUUAACACGUUACGCGCAGUUGGCGGAAUUGCGGAAAGAACAUCAAUUUCUUCUAUUGCGGACCCGAUACGCUUCCGGAGCAUGGACGAGGUUGAAUUCCGGAAACGACAGGUGUGGGAGGAACACCGGAAUCGCCAGGAUGCAGGAGCAAGAUUCCAGGUGCACAGGAUAGAAUGAAUCGUCGGGAGGACCCGCUGUUACGGCAGCAUCGCAGCCGUUUGCUGCAAUUGGCCGAGGCGACAAACAUCAAGCCUGGCCGUGGCAGCGGGAAGAGACGCGGACAAAGACAGUCGCAUGGUUUCGGGCCCAGUAAUGGCGGACCCAGCCGCGUGACGCUCCAGGACAUUGUCAGAAACGAUCCUGGAUACACGCCGAACAUCGAGCACUUAGUGUUUCCGGAGCGCAAGAGCAGCAAUCCGAAUUUGGCGGGUGUUGUCGAUGGCUCGCCGCCAAAUAAAUCCAAGUCAAAUGCGAGCUCAGGAAGAUCCAGACUCGCCGAGGUCUUCGCUCGGCAUUACGCAAGAGGAUCCUCGCAAGACUCGUCCGUUACGUCCAGAAAAAAUCAUGUAAAUAGCACGUCAUUGGAUAGUGGGAGCACGAUAGGUCAUCAGCCGGGGCCCGGCGGGUCCACGGUGGUGACGCGGAAUGCUGGGCGCCGCUGGCUCUCGCAGAACUCGCAAUCCUCGAGACAGCACUCGACCGAGGAUGGGGUACGUGGGGGUAAUGUGGGCGUCGGAGGGCCCGUUUCGACCUUGUCCUCGAGCCAAACCUCCGGUCAGGCUGCGCCUCCCGCCCUGCCGCCGCGCAGAAUCAGUCCGGCCGCGGAUACAAGCGAGAUCACUAACGCGGGUCCUAUCCCGCGUGUCGACAGGGGCCCUAAUGUAUCGAUCCUCCAUCUCCGUAACGCGUCAGCGGACCCUUGGGAGGUUGGCUCUCAAGGCUCCUCGUACAGCGUCAGCAGCAAUAAGAGUCAGACAGCGAGCGGCAGAGGAAAAUCCAGCGGGAACGCGCGUGGAUCCUACAACCGCGGUAGUUCGAUACCAUCCCUAAAACGUCACGAUACAUCCACGUCGACCACAUCGACGUCGAGCCACAAGCAUCGUCAAGACAGCCACGGCCAGGUCUCCGCCAGUUCCCGUCGACGCGAUGCCGUAAACUCCUUCUUAUCGGGUAACAGCGGCACUUCCGGUGAGCUGUUUAUCAGCGGCAACUGCAGUCGCGAGCUCUCGCCUGUGCGAUGGUGCGAUCGCGAGGUUGAUGGCGUUUACUUGGGUCGUUCCGGCUGGGUGCAGGUACAGCAGCGGUCUCUCGACGAAAAUCGUCGUGCAAACUAUGAGAGCAACUUGGUAACUGCGGCCACUGGUACUUUACCGUUGUCGCGACGGGCGGCGGUGAAAUUAGCGGACUAUCAUUGCAACAGCGAGCCGGGCAAGUGUCCGCAGGACUUUACCAGAGGAUUAGACUCACAGCGACCUGAUUUCCUCGCGCUGCACAGCCAGGAUUUCGACUCUAUCACUACCAGUGCCUGCACGUCGCCGCACAGCAUUCCGGAGUCCUUCUCUCCACCAUCGAUUACGCCGAUUAUAUCGCCGCCACCGGCGUUCCAAGACGCCGUUGCCGGCAAAAAGUCCUCCUCCAGACAUUCGUCUUCCUCUGCCGUGCGCAGCAAUUAUGGCAGCAAGGCCCCUUUUCUACCGCGAUCGAAUGCCAUCGUCGAUAGCGACAUUAUCAGUCCGCCACCAUCGCCGCCACCUCAUCAGGUCAACUGGAGCUCCCUUCCGUCCAGGAAGAAUUCCGGUUUAGCGUCAUCCAGGUCAAAGAGACAAAAUGCCAAUCAGCAGCAACAACAACAACAACAGCAACAAUAUCGUAUGGCGCAAGCCAAGUCCCUGGAGGAUCAAUCAUCCUCCAGAAGAUCGCAAUUCGCGCAGAGAUAUCUCGAAUCGUCCAGCUCGUCAUCAUCGUCGAUGGGAUUCCGAAGCCUUGACAGUUGUGUCACAAAACCUAUUAUGCCUAGUUUGGCAGAGAAUACAGAUUCUUCAGUGGAAGGAUAUGAAGAUGGUGACGAAGAUGAUAAUCCUAGUUCAUCCUUAAAUCUCAGUUUGGUGUCGUCGUCAGCUCUUGCCUUGAAUUCGUCCACAGAAUCGAUUCGCGCCAACGGCGAACGAAUAUCGCCCAACAGGCAAGGGAGAAUCCAUAGAAGCCAACAGGGGCUCAGAAGAUCGCCCGGAUCCUCCGAAUCAGGAAAACAGAUGUUUAAUUCACCUUCUUCAUCGUCUUCCUCGUCCAGCAGCGAGGGACGACAAGGGCGGUCACCUACGCCUAAUCCAUUCAGACGCGGCAAUCCCUCGCGACAGCACCAGAGCGCUAGGACCAAUCAGGUAUCGCCUGAUUCUCAUCAAUCCCGAGUUAGAAGAUCCAGGAGUCUCCAAUUACCGGAGAAAAGGUCACCGGGAACGACGGGCCCGCAGAGAGAACACUCCCGAGAGUCAAACGAGGCACACAGAGUUGUUGUGAAAAUUGUGAAUGAUCGAGGAAGUGACAGGUCCAAGCGCCAUGUUCUUCAGAACAGAAAAGCUCAAUCCACUGACGAUACCAUAAAUGAGAAUCUUUUCCGCGAAACGGAGAUGGUGACUGAAUAUCUGUAUGGCACGCGUAGCCGCGUCGUGCCUAGAAAUAUGAUGUCAAGCCGCUAUGAACGUCGCGACGAGAGCCAAGAGCAGAGACGAGGCAAUAACACGUAUGACGUUUACAUCAUAUCCUCCAAGCAGCAACAGCAGCAAUCUUCGAAAGUAUCAAAUUCUUCACAAUCUCAACAACAGCAACAGCCACAGCAGUCGCAAUCGCAACAACAGCAACAGCAACAGCAGCAACAGCAACAAUCAAGGCGGCCACGGACGCUGCAGAGAGGUGCUACAACACCAAACGCGAACGCGCCAUCCAUCAAUCAAGACUUCUGUAUCAGCCCAGAUACAAAACUGCGUUGUAACAGCAGCACGUGCGACUUUUGGCCUCAUUGCUCACAAAGAGAAACCUUGUAUUCACCAAAUCAGGCGCCACCACCAGUUUUCAUGAAGCUGUCGCAGAGUUAUCCAGCACAUCAGAGACUCUCCACCGAUGCUGGUAGUCAUCGCGGAAGUGCGAGCUCUUCCCCGGCCUCUCUCGAGCGAAUGGACGAUCGGGAGCUUCGUGACAGAGAUAAUUUAAGGAAGAGCAGAAACAGCCAGCAGGGCAAAUAUCAGGAGAGACCCAAAGCCGUGCUCAAGCAGGCCAAUAGAUGGUCGCCGUUGGAGGGAUCUAACGGGAAUGUAGGCUCUGGAACGGAGAAGAGGGAUCAGAUGCAUCACCGAGUGUACCGGAAGCCUGAUUUUCCGGGAUCCUUCGAGAGCACCGACAGCAAGGAUAGGAGAGUGUCGCCUGUUCAAGGAAUGAACGUCGUCAAUAGAUCGCCAAGCGGCGGCCCGAUUAUCUCCUCGACCACCACCUCGUCGUCUUCGAGCAGUGAUAUUUGGAUUACCACGUCGGAUCGCACGGUGACGAAGAGUCCGCGGAAUGCAAAGAGCUCCGGUGCGUCCACACCAAUAGAGGAUGCUGUAAUCGGUUCGCUUAAGACGUUGAUGGAACCACCGAAGGACGGUACACUAUCCAGGCCUGGUAGUGCGCCAACUCGGGGUGAAGAUUCGCUCAAGGGCGACACCGUCCUGGACCCUCAUCAGCGAUCCUUGUCGCUGCCCAAAUCCUUCCUGGCACACAACACGGCGGAGGGCAGGUCAACAUCCUGGCAGCGAGGACAAGAUUCCCAGCGAUCCAGUCCUAGUCCCAGCAGACUCCGUCACACGCAGGAAGCGGCUACAUCUCACACAGCCCCCGUUUCUCCUUUGCAUGACUACAGAACGAGUGGCCACGCCGGAAGGGAAAGACGACGAACUCCUGGUCUCAGCAAAGCUCAACGGCGGAUCAAAGCGUCCAGCACCCCGGCGCUUUUGGAUAGAAAUCAUGACAGUCGACAAUGGUCUGGCGACGAAGAGGACGAAGGAACAAGGACGGGCCACGUGACGACCGAACAUCCCUUGGCCGAGGCUACGAUCCCUCUGGUCAGUCAUUCCAGGUUGCAAGAACCGUCUUCCGUCCUGAAUGUUGCCAAUGUGCCCACCGGCGGAAGUCAAAAUGCUGCGCAUCGCGCACAGAGCCAGCAAGAGAGCGUACUGCAGAAAUUCCGUAAGAGCUUCUCGCUGAGGUUCCACAAGAAAGGCAGUAAGGAGAGCAACGAGGAAUGUCCCGUGGAAGACAAUGAUGGCACCGGGCCAUUGGAUGAGGAGGAAGGCACAGAAUCGCCUUCCGUAACCACUUCCGAGCAAAGCAGUCAAAGCCAACACAAAGACGAUUCUAGCAAUGACCAGAAAUUCCGGUUUGGCCCACUCGUCUGGAGGAGCAGCAAGGAGAGAAAAAAGGGUAACAAAGCUGCCCGAAACGCCAAAUGCAACAGCGGAGACAGCGGUAUACAAAUCGAGAUGGUAUCUGGUGGAGCGUUGACUGGGGGCAGUGGCGGUGGAGUGAUGGGGGGUGGUGACAGCUCCGAGUCCCACGAUACGGACGAUAUUCCCGACGACACUGACAGCCCUCCGGCUCUUCGCAGGCGAGUUACCGAUAAAUUGCGACCCCAGUCCGAGCUCAUCAACCAGAUACUGAUUGACAAGUUCAAGGCGGAUCUACAGAAUCGUGCGUCGCGGCAUAAUCACGUGCGUCGCACGAACAGCGAUUUAGGAGGGCAGAGAUUGCUCCAAUGGGACACCAGAUCUGGAUACGUUCACAAUUAUCGCAGGAUGCUGUCAACUCCGUCACCGAUCAAAUCGAGACCGCCAAGGCUCAGCCCGAGGCACUCCUCCCAUGAUAUCGUUACGCUCAGAAGUAACGCGAAAGGGAGGAGUUCUCGGACAAAUUUGAGGCGGUCGCUUAGCCAGCCACUGGGAAUCAAUCAGCUUUCGCCGUUAAUGCGCGUCAAAACCGCAGUAGGCGCGAGAUUACCCAGUGGCAACGUGCUAUCAGAGGACGAGCAGGAUGGAAGAGCCGGAACAUCAGAAGAUGAUGAAAUGAUGUCUGAUUCCGAAUCUUCGAUCGCUUCCUUGACGGAUAAAAAAAAAUCAUUCGAGCAAACGAUGGAUGAAGAGAUUGUCAUGUUAGCUGAAGCCGUUUGGGAUCAUGUGGCAAUGGAGUCGGAAGAGUUGGCUUUUCGUGCUGGGGAUGUCAUCGAUGUUCUCGAUACCCUGGACAGGGAUUGGUGGUGGGGUAGCUGCAGAGGAGAGUAUGGAUGGUUUCCUGCCGCUUUUGUCAGGUUGCGCGUGAGUCAAGAGGACACGGUGGAGGAUUGUCUGGCUGCAAUGGCUUCGGGAGGGUCUUCAGGUACUCAGCUCAGAAGACGAACAAGCAUCUCCCUACUCUCGAACGAGCAAGUAAGAACUAGCGUGGUCCGCGAGCUUGUCCAGACUGAGCGCGAUUUCGUUAAGGUUCUACGCGACGUGGCUGAGGGUUACAUCGCGGAAUGCCGCAGGCGAACGGAUAUGUUUACCGAGGAGCAGAUCGAGACGAUCUUCAUCAACCUCGAAGAGCUCCUAGACUUUCAAUCCGAAUUCCUGAAGGACCUUGAAGAUCGCAUCGACUGGAACGCGCCGUACAAAAGCUGCGUUGGCGAAUGCUUCCUCAAUCAUAGGGCGGGUUUUCGCAUGUAUUCCGAAUACUGCAACAGUCACCCAAUGGCCACGGCAACGUUGCAAGAGCUUUAUCAGCACAAUCGUUAUAGCAAAUUUUUCGAGGCUUGUCGAUUGAUGAGGGGUCUCAUAGAAAUCCCCUUGGACGGAUAUUUAUUGACUCCCAUCCAACGUAUAUGCAAAUAUCCUCUUCAAUUGGCGGAGCUGCUGAAAUAUACGAAGACCGAUCAUCCGGAUUAUCACAAGAUCCAGGAGGCCUUGGAAGCGAUGAGAGACGUCGCUGUAUUGAUCAACGAGAGAAAAAGGCGGAUGGAAAGUUUGGAAAAGUUAGCCGCAUGGCAAUUGCGCGUAGAAGGUUGGGAGGGUGAGGAUCUCAUAGAAGUUUCGUCGCAACUUAUUUAUCAAGGUGAGGCGAUGAGAGUGAAGACCGGUAUGUGGACAAACAACAUUACGUUAUUCCUUUUCGAUCAUCAACUGGUCUAUUGCAAAAAGGACAUUCUCAAGCGUAAUACUUACGUCUACAAAGGUCGCAUCUAUCUCGACACUAGCGAAGUCAUUGAUGUGCCUGAUGGAAAAGACCUUCAAUCGGGGGUAACAGUGAGACAUUGUCUGAAGGUGUACAGCUGCGUCCGAGACAAAUGGCUACUUUUUUGUUGCCGCACAGCGGAAGAGAAACGGCGAUGGCUAGCGGCAAUGGCUGAGGAACGAAGGCUGGUGGCUCAGGAUAGAAACGAUGGAUUGGAGUUUCCAGCAGCAGCUAGGCAACUUGCCAGGCUUGCCGCCAGCAGACAGCAGAACAGGCCACCGAUCAAACCUCGCAAUAAAACGUAUAAGAGAGAGUCUGCGUACGAGAUGCCCACAACAAUGGUCGGUGGUCAAGGCACCACUAAUUCGUUGGGACGGAAGGUUGGGACAUGGUUUAUGUUUGGUAGCAGUAAGAAAAGUGCACGGCUUCAACCGUCCUGAGACAGGCCUACCUUCGUACCGUAUAUUGACCUGUAAGCUGCAGCUAAUAACGCUGCAUCGUCCUAUCGAAAUCCUGGCGCGAGACAUCUCGAUAUUGGUUGCUUCGAAACUUAGGAACCUUUGCGAGCAGAAUACACUCGAGAAUAUCUUUGUUAACUGAUAUUCCAAUCAGAGUAAUGCUCACUUUGCAACCGGUCAAAUCAUGGAAAUUAUUCUUCGUGGAUCGAUGAACGAACCACUGAUCGCUAGGACCGAGGAUGAACAGCGCCUCGUCAUAUAUACGGCACGGAGGUGUUAAUUCAUAAGUGGCUUUUGUCCUACGAAGUAUACCUCGAAUCUUCUUCUAAGGCAGGGAAAAUAAUCGUUAUCAACCGAUCUUGAUCAUUGUCCGUGGAGAGGAAAAUAGAAGAAACUUUCAAUGAUUUUUCAUUUACUGCCUCUCUCACGAAAACAGACGUUUGUCUCUAUCAAAUGUCAUCGUCCAAUUUAGAUAUUUGCGGGCAAAAGUCGCUCAUUAUGCCUAACCAGGAUUUUGUGAGUCUUCGAAUCGGUGCUCCCCUAAUUAUUAGGUCUUAAAAGCAAUGUUCGAUCAUCUUCGACGUUACGUAUACGGCGGUGCUUAGUCUGAAAUAAACACUGACUAAAGAUAGAACGUUUCGAAGAAGAAAAAUAUUUGUUACGAGCUGAGAAAGAUGUAUAAUCGAUCUUGUAGAUAUUUGAUGUUAAAAACUACAUUAAUAGUAGCGGACAUGAGGGUAGAUUAGAAAAGUAGAGAGACAUUUAGAGAAGUAGAUAGUAAAUAUAACAUAAAGUCAAUAGCGGGCUUAUGAAGUACUAAAGAGAAAGUACUAGUCAUUCUUCAUUGCGAAUUCUUGGUAAACGCCGAUGAAAACAUGAUAUACAUAAUAUAUGAUGUAUUGUUACACACGCAAUCGCUUUUUGGGUAAAGCUGGCAUGGUACGUCACACGGCUGUAUUUUUUAUGAUAAACGAAAGACUGACGACCGAGAUGCUUCCUCAAGAGGAAACCUUGAGGUUGUAAUCUUGAGAGAGAAAUGCGACGGGAUCGAUCAGGAAAUAUUUGAAUUGAAUUAAACGAGCUUCGCCUUCGUCUAGAUUAUUUGACUAUUUUGAGAAUAAUUUUUUCGACCAAUUUUAUGUACAACGAGAAUCGUUUGUAAUAACACGUUCUGCGCAAGUGUUAGCAAGUUCGAUCACGAAAUUCAUAUUGAUUGAUUUUGCGAGGAAAUUCUGAUCAGCGAUUCCGCAUACCACUUUUCUCUCAACGAAAAUAUAGAUGUAUUUUGUAGAGAAAAUCUCCAGCGAGCUAUACAAGGUAACUCUUACUGCCUAACUAAUGUUCGUUAUUUCGCGUCAUAAUGGUAAUAUUUGUAGUAGUUUGUACGAAAUUGUGAAAGGACGAGGAAAAAACGAGAAGAUGAAACGCAAGAGCAAAGGAAAGAAAAAUAAAAUUUAUGUUUUCGCGGAACAACAUAGUAGCAGUAUUAUUCAUACAAAUGAAAAAAGUGAUUAGUCAAGAUAUGUCAAGAUAUGUAAGUACUCGCAUAUCACGCCUCCUUAUUCAACUGCGAUAUAAAAGCACCAAGCUUUUAAAAGAAAAAAAAGAUGAAAGAAAAAAGAAAGAGGAAAAAGGAGAUUAUUGAGGGAAUCUCUCAAUUUUUUCUACUCUUGUAUGAAAGAUGCAGACCUAGCAACGAGAAAAUAUCUGUCAGCCAGCAGAACCUCUGUGUUAAUUAUGCAUAUUAUCUAUGCGGUCCCUUGACAAAAUGUUCGAUCUUGCAGUUUUAGCGACUCACGGAUUCUGAAAGUUUCCAACACUGCCAAUAAGUUUAAAGAAAUACGUCUUCGUUCAUUAGAAUUGUUUGAUCCGGUCUGUAAUAAGAGAAAAAGAGAUCGGUGCGUUUUCGAUUUUCUCUCUACAUACAUACGAGGGACAAACGCGAUUAUUCUGUCUUUUUGAUAUUUGUGUCUAAAGGGAUGUAACACAAGUAUGGGCGAGGCGAUAUUUACGUUUUGUAUAACACAGAAAAGUAUAUUUUUACUUAUUUCUUGACAGCGUAAAUUACUAUAUAUGACGAGGACAAUAUAAUGAUAAAAGAAUGGAUCAAGAUUCCUACUGUACAGAGAGAUCAUUAGCCUGUUGAUGUUUAGACUUAGGAGAGGCGCAAUUUGUUGCUGGACCCAACUCAUUUCAGAGUUAUUUUUAUAGAAGAAAUGACUCAUUAGUUCGAAUGUGAUUUUUUCAAUAAGUAUCGCUAAUACAUGAAAUGCUUUAAUGGCUAACAUAAGUAUAAGGAAGAGACGUAAUUUGUCAAAAAUAAGUAGCGGAAAGGUCCCGAGCAACACGCAGGUCUAAAAGACAUCCUUCAGAGGAACGUCUUCUCAAUAAGUUUUAGAGGCAUCUUUUGAUGACACUCGUGUUGUCUACGGGAUAUUGUGUAAUGCACAAGUAAGCACAACUUUUCACAAACAAUUCACAAAACCGUACUUGCACUGUCACGACGGAGAAGUAAUCGAAAUCCGUGAACAUUUCGUAUCUUGCACUCACGAGCUCUCAUGUACAGGUGUCUCUCAUUGACAGGUGAAUUACAUAUCUAACGUAAUCUCAA